UUGUUCAAAAAUAGCAUGAACCAACGGUAGAUUAUAAACCAAGCAAGGAAUCAUCUUUGAGCUAUGUAGAAAUGAAAGAGAGAGAGAGAGAAAGGCAUCUUCACAUUCUUUCAUCAUGUUCUUUAAGCUACUUUCAUUAAAGAUUAAAGAAAGAAGAAGGGGAUUACGAAUAUGAUUAUCUCAUUGAACUUUUGAUAACAAUAUAAUCUCUUUACGGUUAGACUAAUUAAUGACCCAAGCAUUUGUCAAGACCUCAAGUUCCCACAAGGAUUAAUCUCCAGCCAGCACUCUUGGAGCUUUAGAUAAAGGGGAAUGUCAUCCCCCAGAAUCAGGGAGGCUUCUUUCAAUGGGAUUGUACGCCGGAUGGUGAGUCUGCCUCGGAGUAUUGUAGGAGGAUUUUCAAGAGCAAUGGGUCAUAGUAUAGGUCGCGUUGGAAUAGGAUCAGGGAGAAGAGAUCAUAAUCUACCAUUAGACCUUCAACUGCAACCUCCAUGUGAGCCCCCAAUUGCACCAGAAGAGUGGACAUUUCAAUCUACUUUUGAGCAGCAAUAUGGUUUCAGGCAUCCUUUUUUCUAUGCUUGCCAUUUCAUGGAUGCGUUAAAGAUAGCAGAGGAUGAGCACAAGUUUGUGUUCUUGUAUCUCCAUUCGCCUCACCACCCCUUCACUCCCUCUUUCUGUAGGGAGACUCUAUGUUCAGAAUUAGUGGUGCAGUAUCUUGAUGCAAACUUUGUUUGCUGGGGAGCACUUGCAGACAGAGGAGAAGGUUUGCAGAUGGCUGCAACCUUGCGACCUGCAAGCUUUCCGUGCUGUGCAGUUGUGGCUCCGGCUGCUGGUAAUAGCUUAGCAGUGCUGCAACAGAUGGAAGGGCCAAUUUCCCCAGCAGAGUUGGUGGAGAUUCUGCAGAGAACAGUAGAGGAACAAGGAUCAGCCUUUGGAAUUCCAAGAGCAAACCAAGAGGAGAAGAUUAGAGCAAGGUCCAAGGAAGAAGAGAAAAUAAGAGCAGAUCGUCAACUUAGAGAAGAACAAGACGCAGCGUAUCUUGCAGCUCUGAAAAUAGACAAGGAGAAGGAAAAUGCCAAGAACUUGCCUCAAGAUCAAAAGGCUCGGAAACCAAUUCAGACUCUUAGGCAGAACGAAACACAGAAGCAAUACAAAGGUAAAGGUAGAGCAGCUUCCACUGUUAGAGAAACUCUAUUAAAAGAAACUGCUACUCAGUCUAAGGAUCCUCAAGUAACAAAGAUUUUGAUACGGUUUCCAAAUGGUGAAAGAAGAGAACAGAGUUUCUUCAGCUCAGAUAAGGUCCAGUCAAUCUACAAGUACAUUGAUUCUUUAGGGUUACCAGGCGUUAUCAACUAUAGAUUGAUAUCAACCUUCCCCAGAAGAGUCUAUGGUUUUGAUCAGAUAGGAAUGACACUCAAAGAUGCUGGACUCCACCCUAAAGCAACCCUUUUCUUGGAGCUUCUGUAAUACAAGAUCUUGCAAACCUGUGCGGAAAUUACCAAAUAAAUAAAUUAUAAUGAUAACUAAACAAUCUUAUUGAAUUGAUAAAAACUUCAGAACUUAUUUGC